GUUACCAUGAUGUCAUACUGCCUAAUUUAAAUGUGACGUACCUAUUUCCACAUUUAUGCCGGUGCGUCCGAGUAGUUCGCUAUAAAAUUGCAUUUACUUAAACGAUUCCAUUGUGAAUAAGUGAAAAAUGUCUCAUUAUCAGUUUAAAACAGCGGGUCCUCUCCCGCCCCCAGCACUACCAGCAGACAAGCUCAGACUGUACCAUGUAGAUAUGAACCCAUACGGUCACAGAGUACUUCUAGUAUUGGAGGCGAAGAAGGCCAAGUAUGAAGUGUACAAAUUGGAUCCGUUGAGGCUACCAGCGUGGUUUAAAGAGAAUAAUAGGAGAUACAAAAUCCCAGUACUGGAAGUACCAACAGACCAGGGCGACAAAUAUCUAUUUGAGAGUGUGGUCAUCUGUGAUUAUUUGGAUGAGAAAUUCCCGCGGAAUCCACUGCAUUCGAGCGAUCCGUUCGUGAAGGCACAGGACAGAUUGCUCAUUGAGAGAUUUAAUGAGUUAAUAAAAGGUAGUCUGGAGUGCUUCGAUACAAAUUUCGUAUUCGGCAGUGAACAAAUUCUGAAGACAAUGGAUAUAUUCGAAAAGGAAUUGGCGGCUAGGGGUACAAACUAUUUUGGUGGGAACCGUCCCGGGAUGUUGGACUACAUGAUUUGGCCAUGGCUGGAACGCCUUUACCUCAUGAGGGUAGUCGACCAGCGAAAGUUUGACGAUAAACGACACUAUUUUCCUAAUUUUGCCGACUGGGGUGAUCUAAUGCAGCUGGAUGACGUGGUCAAAAAACAUUCGCGGUCACCGCAAGAAUACUUCGAUUACUACAAAAAUGUUAAAACGCAUUCGAUGGGAUUCUACCUUUAGAAGUACUUUCGUACUAGCUAUAAUGAAAUUGUUAAGAAUUCUUUCAUAAAUCGCCUUAUUAAGUUUUGUAAUUUUAUAAGGAUUAUUCAAUACAGGACAUCGAAGAAGACAUCGUAAGGAAGGUUAGAGUCGAGACUUAACGAGGUACGACAGUCGGUAGUUCGAUUUGUCAAACGUAAUGUCAAUGUCAUGUAAAUUGUCAACGCGUUGAGGAAUGGAGAUGUUUUUUAUAGAGAUGAGGUAAACUAGCGGACACACUUAGUUUCGCCUCCCGGA